GGAAGAACAGACAGCUGGGGCCGUCACAAUCUCAAGUUUAAAUGGCACAGUGUUUAUGUUGGGGAAAAGGGACAGUCACGACUGUGAAAUUUGUGGAGUAAAAGAAAAUGUUGAACAAGUUUUAUUGCACUGCACCAAGUUUGAGGUAGAGAGGGAAAGAUUGUGUAAUAGGGUAAGAGAGGUUGGACGGGGAUGGGAUCUGGGAGUGAUAUUGGGCAGAAGAGGGAAGGGAUAAGGGACGUUAGGAGGGCACUUUUUUGUUUUCUAAAUAACACAGGGUUUACUGAUGUGACGCUGCACACUCCGCUACGGUAGGUGGCGGUAUGCACCUUUAAAGCUGUGUUAAAUCCGCCAACAAAUCCCAGAGAAGAAGAAGCUUAAUUGGCUACUUGUUGAACAGCGUUGGUAUAGUAAAAGCAACACCCGGCUUAUAUUUAUCUAUUGUCAGAGAACCCCCAGGAUUCAUCUUGUCGUCGAUUGCAGGAAAGCAUGGGUGAAGAGGUUAAUUUCAAACCGUUCGUGGACAAACUGUACGCCUACGACCAAAUGUACAAUUAUGAGAAGCGGCUGCAAACCUUCAUCGAUUGGCCUUUUCUGGAAGACUGCAAAUGCACUCCUGAACAGAUGGCAAAGGCUGGGUUUGUCCACUGCCCCAGCGAGAAUGAGCCAGACGUGGUCUGCUGCUUCUUCUGUCUAAAGGAACUGGAGGGAUGGGAGCCCACAGACGACCCCUGGUCUGAACAUGCCAAGCGCUCCCAAAACUGCGGUUUCCUGGCCCUGAAGAAAGAUAUGGGAGACCUCACCGUAAAGGAGUACUUCAAACUUGAGCAGGAGAGACUGUGCAUUUGUAUUAGGAAAGCUUCCAACCAGAAGAUCGCUCAUUUCCGUGAUGAGGUGGAUCGCACAAACAGGGAACUUGAGCUGCUGAUUAAUAUCAAGCCUGGACAGUUGGCAGAAAACUAGUCACCCUUCACAAAAUCAGUUUAUCUGCUUGUUGAAGUACCCUCCUGGAAAAAAAUUGACUCCUGUGGUUUGCCAUACUUUUUAAUGUUCGUAUUGUCUGUCCAUUUCUUAUUCAACCCGUUUCUUUUUAAAUAAAUGUACUAAUUUUAACCGA